AUGAAAUUAAUGCCUCUAACAAUCUACAAAAUAUAUUACACAUUUACUAAGAAUGCAUCAUAUUUUGCCCGUUGUAGAUUUUUAUCUCUUUGUAUCAUGGAUGUUGCAUUACCAUUACUCUCAAUUUGUGUAAAAAUAAAAGGUGCUAUCCUUGAAGAUGAUUAUGCAUCUGCUUUAAAUUCUUAUAAUGAUUUAUUAUGUGAAUUAGACGAUUUUUAUGAUGAAUUUGAGAGAGAAGGUGAUAAAGACUGCUGUGACAAACUGGAUUCUAUAAGACAUAUGGUUGUACAUGGAAGACAUGGUGUUUCUUGUGGAUUACUUAAUAGAUUUAAAGAUACUGGAAAGAUGAAAGUUUUUUCAAAUUUAGUAUUUAAUUCAUGGCCUAGAAAAAAAGAUAAGCCAAUAAGUAAUGAUGUUACUGAGUAUAGACGUAUAGGUAAUUCUAAUGGAAAAACUUGGAAAAUUCCAGAACCAAAAUAUAUUUUUGAAGAUUUUUAUAAUUUUGUUAAACGUCAUGAUUUUGAUGAUGAUUGUUGUAUAUCUAUAAAUCCUUUAGUUACAAUUAGCCGUAAAGAUAAAGAUAUACCAUUUAUUGUUGAUAAGACUAUCCAUCGUAUAGUCAUGGAAAUAUUAGAUGAUCACGAAAGUGAAAUGGAGGAUCAUUAUGAAAAUUAUGGAUUAGUUUCAACAGAAAUUAAAACGAUUACUAUUUCACCAAGUGAUAUGUCAAUAAAUCUUAGUGAAAAUUAUUCUAAUUGCAAUCACUCUAGAUUAGUCUUCAACACACAUUAA